GUCACAGAAAUGGAUGUGGAGCGUGGCUUCUAUCAGCUGGUGGAGGUCCAGGACCACGUUCACUACAUCUUUGCUUUCGUUGUUUCUAUGAUUGGAACAGUGGGCGUUACCGGGAACGCCUUGGUCAUGUAUGCCUUUUACUGCAACAAGAAGCUGCGGACGCCCCCCAACUUCUUCAUCAUUAACCUGGCAGUCAGUGACUUCCUCAUGGCAAUUACACAAUCACCCAUCUUCUUUGUCAAUUCCCUUUACAAGGGUUGGAUUUUUGGAGAAACAGGAUGUAAAAUAUAUGCCUUCUGUGGUGCUUUAUUUGGAAUCGCCUCAAUGAUAAACCUUCUGGCCAUCUCUAUAGACCGCUAUGUUGUUAUCACCAAACCUCUGCAGGCAUUACAAUGGACCUCCGCGAGACGCACUUACCUCAUUAUUGCCCUCGUGUGGUUAUAUUCAUUAGCCUGGAGCCUCGCACCACUCUUAGGAUGGAGUUCAUAUAUACCAGAAGGUCUGAUGACCUCGUGCACAUGGGACUAUGUGACCUCCACUCCAGCCAAUAAAAGUUACACUUUGAUGUUGUGCUGCUUCGUAUUCUUCAUCCCUCUUGGCAUUAUAUCCUACUGUUACCUCUGCAUGUUCCUAGCAAUUCGCCAAGCAAGCAGAGAUGUGGAGCAGUUGGGCAAUCAAGUGAGAAAGUCAACACUGAUCCAACAGCACUCCAUCAAAACUGAAUGGAAGCUAGCCAAGAUUGCUUUUGUGGUCAUCAUAGUGUUUGUGCUUUCUUGGUCCCCCUAUGCAUGUGUCACCCUCAUAGCAUGGGCUGGAUAUGGAGGCAUUCUCAGCCCUUAUUCCAAAGCCGUCCCAGCUGUUAUAGCCAAGUCAUCAGCCAUAUACAAUCCUGUAAUCUAUGCCAUAAUUCACUCAAAAUACAGGAUCACCCUUGCAGAAAAAGUACCUUGCUUGCACUUCCUAGCCCAUGCUCGCAGGAAAGACUGCAUAUCAGUAUCGCUCAGCGAAUCCUCCUUAAGGGACUCCGUGCUGAGUAAACAGUCAUCAGACUCCAAGCUGCACACAGUUUCCUCCAUUACAACAACUGACACGCAUGUUUGGAAUGAUGUGGAGCUGAAUCCUAUUGAUCAGAGUCAUACUUUGGGAUCCAGCUAUUCCCUUGGAACUCUGCGGGAUAGAGAGUGUCAGUCAUUGACUAAACACACAAAAAGAAAGAAAAGCCGAAGCCAGGAACAGCUAAGGUAG